AUGGCGCGAUUCUGGGCCAAGUUCGGCGAUGACAAUGCAAACAAGAAGCAGCUCCUACAGAGGCAAGUGAGCACCUGCAGAAGCUGGAAGAACAACUUGAAGGGAAGAAAUUCUCUGGUGGAUGCAACAUCGGAUAUCUGGACAUUGCGCUUGGAUGGUUGGUCACUCCACUUUGGGGUCUUUGAGGAGAUAUCCAGCCUCAAAGUGGUUGAUGGUGAGAGGUUUCCACCUCUAUUUGCAUGGUUGAAAGAGUUCUCAGAUGCUCCAAUAAUCAAAGAUCGUUGGCCACCCCAUGACAAGCUUAACCUGAAGUUCAUUGCUCUUCGUCAAGUGCAUCUCACGAAGUCAUCAUCAGCUUGA